AAUAAUGUAGAUGGCGCUAUAAUCUUUUUAUGUAAGCGAACCUGUCAAAAGUGUGGUUUAUUUAUUAAGUUUAUUAUUGCAAAAAUAAGCAUUGAAACGUGAUGAAACAGCGUUUAAAUGGUGCUCAAUUCCAAUUUAAAUCGAUAAAUCAAAAAAAUAAGCUUCAUAAAGUUAUGGAUCCUAGCUUACCCAAUAUCCCCCCGCCUGGGUUUGUAGCCCCCGCUGGAAUUGGAACGCCGCCGUUAUUACCCCCAAUCGGGGCUUUCCCCCCGAUGAUUACGCAAUUUAGCGUCCCACCACCCGGAUUCGGAAAUUACCCACCCCCGGCGGGUUCGAACACCCAACAAGAGCAAUGGUCGGAACAUAAAGCACCCGAUGGGAGGACUUAUUAUUAUAAUGCGGUGACAAAGCAGAGUUUGUGGCAAAAACCGGAUGUUUUAAAAACACCUUCUGAGUUAUUAUUAUCGCAAUGCCCCUGGAAAGAAUACACAACGGAUAAUGGAAAGAUUUAUUAUAAUAAUGUUAACACAAAAGAGUCCCGUUGGACGAUUCCGCCGGAAUUAGAAGAAAUAAAAAAUAAAAUUGCAGCUGAGGAUAAAAAAAAUGUUUCUCCCAAUGAGUCAAGUCCUUUAACGACGUUCCCCGCAACAAAUUUAUCGACGGUUUCGCCAAAUACGACUUCGAGUGCAAGCCCCGGUGGGAAAAGUGCGUUAGAAGCUUCAAUGGCUGCAACAUUAGCUGCAAUUUCGCUCCCAAUUCCUCCCCCAAAGCCUGAUGAAGACUCAAACCCUUCGAUUCACCCCGAGCUUCCAAUAAAAGACUCUCGCAACUCAACCCCUGAACCGAAAGUUUAUAAAGAUAAAAAAGAGGCGAUGGAAGCCUUUAAAGAGUUGCUAAAAGACAACAACGUUCCUUCGAACGCAUCUUGGGAGCAAUGCAUAAAAAUAAUUCAACACGACCCCCGAUAUGAAUCAUUAAAACGUUUCAACGAACGAAAACAAGUUUUUAACGCGUAUAAAACUCAAAAACAAAAAGAUGAGAAAGAAGAGAGUCGAUUGAGGGCGAAAAAAUCGAAGGAGAAUCUCGAACAGUUUUUAUUAACCACCGAUCGGAUCACCUCAGCCACUAAAUAUUAUCGGUGUGAUGAAAUGUUUUCUACAAUGGAUCUUUGGAACGCAGUAAGCGACUCAGAUAGACGCGAUAUUUACGAAGACGUCAUGUUUGCGCUUGCUAAGCGAGAAAAGGAGGAGGGAAAAGUGUUAAAAAAAAGAAACAUGAAGAAAUUAAGGGAAGUUUUAGAUAAUAUGAUGGAAAUUAAGUACGAUACGACUUGGAAUGAAGCCCAAAGCAUGCUUUUAGGAAACGAGACUUUUAAAAACGACGUUAAUUUACUUGCCAUGGAUAAAGAGGAUGCUUUAAUCGCCUUCGAGGAGCACAUCAGAGAAUUAGAAAAAGAAGAAGUCGAGGAAAAAGAGCGGGAAAAGAAGCGCCAAAAGCGACAAUGUCGAAAAAAUCGCGAUCAAUUCAUUAAUUUAUUAAACACGUUACACGAAGAAGGGAAAUUAACUUCGAUGUCACUUUGGGUGGAAUUAUAUCCGAUUAUUUCGGCGGAUGUCCGAUUUUCAGCUAUGUUGGGGCAAAACGGAACCACCCCCCUUGAUUUAUUUAAAUUUUACGUGGAAAAUUUAAAGGGGCGUUUCCACGAUGAAAAAAGAAUCAUCAAAGAGAUACUUAAAAAUAAAGAAUUCGAAGUUAGAGUUGAUACAACUUUUGAGCAAUUCGCAACCGUCGUUUGUGAAGAUAAAAAAUCGUCCUCGUUAGACGCCGGGAAUGUAAAAUUAACCUACAACUCGUUACUCGAAAAAGCCGAGGCGAAAGAAAAGGAGCGCCUUAAAGAAGAAAAUAAAAGAAUCAAAAAAUUAGAGAACGAUUUUAAAAAACUUUUACGAGAAAUGAACAUUAAUUUUGAUCUCUCCUGGGAUGAAGUUAAAGAGAAAUUGGCGAAUGAGGAAGAGUUUCAAGCUUUUGCAUCCGAUUCGGAACGAUCUAAAGUUUAUAAGGAUUUUCAACACGAAAUGGAAGAAUCUUGUAGUCACCAUCAUUCAAGAUCGAGGAAAUCGAAAAAAUCGAAAAAAAAUAAAAAAUAUAAAUCGUCGAGUAACUCCGAUUCCGAUUCGGAAAAGAAAAAGAAACAGCACCGAUCUCGAACGGCGACCCCCGUUUCCGAUGAGAGCACCGAAGAAUAUAAAAAACGUAAAUCGAAGAAAAAACACAAAAGAAAAAGUCCAUCCAGGAGUCCAACUGAUGAACAUUCCUCCCGAAGAGCAGCGAGAAGAACUUCCGAUGGGGAUGGACACCGAGGCGAUUUGAGCGAAACCGAACUCGAAAAGCAAAGGGCGCUCCUUCUCGCGCAAUUAAAAGAACCCGAAAGCGAUUAAUUCGUAUUUCGCGGAAUUUUUUUAAGAAGAACAUAACCUCAAUUAAAAUUUAUUAAAAAAUAA